ACCUCUUGAGCCUUUACAAUAAUGGAGUAGUUCCCAAAAGUAUAUACUAUCCGAUUUCACUUUGCUUAGAAACGCUAAGCAAAUUCAACAGAGAAACUGAGAGAGUGAGAGUCAGUCAAGCUCCAUGUCUCACUCAGAGCUUGCCGUGCUUCUCCUUCCUUCAAUUUUAUCUCUACUCCUGGUCUUCAUUCUCAUGCAAAGAAAGCAAGCAAGAUUUAAUCUCCCACCUGGCAACAUGGGCUGGCCAUUUCUUGGAGAAACUAUUGGCUACUUGAAGCCUUACUCUGCUACUUCAAUAGGGGAAUUCAUGGAACAACACAUAUCAAGGUAUGGAAAGAUUUACAAGUCCAAUUUGUUUGGGGAGCCAACAAUAGUAUCCGCAGAUGCUGGACUCAACAGAUUUAUACUACAGAAUGAGGGAAGAUUAUUUGAAUGCAGCUAUCCAAAAAGUAUUGGUGGAAUUCUUGGAAAAUGGUCUAUGCUGGUUCUAGUUGGAGACAUGCAUAGAAACAUGAGGAGUAUAUCUCUCAACUUUUUGAGCCAUGCCAGGUUAAGAAGCCAUCUAUUGAAAGAAGUGGAGAAGCAAACCUUGCUUGUUCUUAGUUCUUGGAAGGAGAAUUGUACAUUUUCAGCUCAAGAUGAAGCAAAGAAGUUUACCUUCAAUUUGAUGGCAAAACAUAUGAUGAGCUUGGAUCCUGGAAAGCCAGAGACUGAGCAGCUGAAAAAAGAGUAUGUUACUUUCAUGAAAGGAGUGGUUUCUGCUCCACUUAAUUUUCCUGGAACACCGUAUAGAAAAGCCUUGAAGUCUCGAUCAACCAUCCUUAAAUUUAUAGAGCAAAAAAUGGAUGAGAGAAUUUCUAGAUUGAAGGAGGGAGUGGAAGAUUUAGAGGAAGAUGAUCUUCUUGGAUGGGUUUUGAAGCAUUCAAAUCUUUCUACCGAGCAAAUCCUUGACUUGAUAUUAAGCUUGCUCUUUGCUGGCCAUGAAACUUCUUCUGUCUCCAUAGCUUUAGCCAUCUACUUCUUGCAAGCUUGUCCCGGUGCUAUUCAACAGUUAAAAGAAGAACAUAUUGAAAUUUCCAGAGCCAAGAAACAGUCAGGAGAGAUGGAAAUGAACUGGGAUGAUUACAAAAAAAUGGAAUUCACUCAAUGUGUUAUAAGUGAGACACUGAGGCUUGGAAACGUAGUCAGGUUCCUUCAUAGAAAAGCUGUCAGAGAUGUUCGCUAUAAAGGGUAUGACAUUCCAUGUGGAUGGAAAGUGCUGCCAGUGAUCUCAGCCGUGCAUUUAGAUUCUACUGUCUUUGACCAGCCUCAACAGUUCAAUCCAUGGAGAUGGCAGCAGCACAACAAUGCUCGUGGAUCUUCUACUUGUUCGAGUGCCGCCGCGAGUAGUAAUUACUUCAUGCCAUUUGGGGGAGGACCGCGACUCUGUGCAGGAUCGGAGUUGGCAAAACUUGAAAUGGCAGUUUUCAUUCACCAUUUGGUUCUGAACUUCCAUUGGGAAUUGGUCGGUACCGAUCAAGCCUUUGCAUUUCCUUUUGUUGAUUUUCCUAAAGGCUUGCCAAUAAGAGUCAAGCAGCACACGGUCAUAUAAAAAAGACAGCACCAUGCCAUCAUGAAUUCUUAACGGAGACCAAUCUGUUUGUCACCCUCUGUGUCGUCGUCCCUAUAUGGAUGUAUGUAUGUUGGAUAUAGAUACAAUACAAGGUACAUCCGCAUGUGAAGAUUUGAGAGCACCCUUGGAUUUUUCCAGCAGCUUAGCAAGUUUCUUUUGACGUUUUAUAACUGUAGCAGCAGAUAUUAUCCAUGAACAGAUCGUUGUCCACUCCAGGAUAAUAUUAUAGGACCACAACCAACCACCUCACCUCUCUUCCCCACGUUGUAAAUUCUACUUUUCCCCUUGGUCCCUCCAUGUCGGGACUGAGGAGUAGUUAAUUAUUCAUUCAUAUAGCCUGUAAUAUGGUUUUUUCUUCGGUGUUUUUCACUUCAUUAAUUCUCAA